UCAGAGAGUGUUAUACGCUGUUGAGCUGCUCUGUUCAUACUGUAUAUAGCCUAGCUGUAGAAGGCAGUGUAGAGUAACUACGUGGUAUAGUAGGUCCUCUGGGCGAAAUACAAAUUCAGUUAAAACGGUCGGAUUUCGUACUACCAAUUCCAAAGCAAUGCUGCGAUUAAGUAGUUGCUGUCGCUUAGCGAGCACUGCCGCACGGACUUCGUACUUUCCUGCUCGAGUAAAAGUAACUGCUCGCGGACACAUGUACAAGAAAUGGUCUUCCACCAUGGCUGCGAUUUCCCCGAUUUUGACAGUGCAACCCACCCGAGGACUCGUGGAUGAGAAAAUCAUGGUGGUCGUUAAGAACCUACCCCAGUGUUUCGCCGUGACCCUACAUUCUCUGCUUUACUCAGAGGGCGAGGACUACUGGGAGGCGUUCGGCAAUUACACCAGUGACGACAAAGGAACGGUAACAGUGUCGCAGGAUCCCAGUGUUGGAGGAACAUAUGAAGGCACAGAACCCAUGGGUCUACUGUGGAGCAUGCAGCCUGUUCCAGGGAGUCGAACAGGCCUCCGGUUGAGAAAGAUGAAUGUCCUCACUCCCAUGGUGGUACACAUCUCUGUGUACAGUGGUCAUGUGACUGAGGGCUUCAGCAAGCAGUCUCCCCUAGCAACUGUUGACAUAGAGAGAUGGUACCUGGCACCAGGUGUUCGCAGAAUUGACAUCAGGGAAAAUGGGGUCAAAGGCACCCUGUUUAUACCCCCAGGUCCUGGACCCUUCCCUGGUGUGUUGGAUUUGUGGGGUGGGGGGGGUGGACUGGUGGAGUACCGAUCUGGACUCCUGGCAUCACAUGGUUUUGUUUCCAUGGCUCUAGAAUACCUUUCCUCUGAGAUCAGUGCCUCAAAGGUUGAUGACAAAUAUUUUGAGAAAGCAUUCAGGAUUGUUCAAGAGCACCCAUUGGUUAUGAAGGACAGUGUUUCGUUGUUUGGGCUCAGCUUUGGUACAUCAGUGACCCUCAAAAUGGCAGCCUACUCCAAAGCCAUCAGCCCUAGAUGCUGUGUGUGUGUCAGUGGGAGUCACGUCCAACCAGUCAACAAGUCGCUCAGUGAGUUUUUUUCAAAGGUUAUAACGGACAUGAAUUCAUCCAGAUGGGAUGACGGGGGUCAUCUAAACGUUAGUGAUCUCUCUGUGUCUAUUCCAACUGAGCCAGGAGAGAAAGUGGAUGUGGGGAGAAUAAAGUGUCCUGUGAUCUUGAUUGUCGGCGAGGACGAUCAGAGUUGGGCCACAGUGGAGUCUGCCGAAGAUAUGACCCAGAUGAUGCGUGCAGCAGGAAAUGAACACCUGCUGACCACGUUCCGAUACCCUGGUGCUGGACACCUCAUUGAGCCACCCUACACUCCCCACGUUAGAGCCAGCAACUUCACAUUGCAACAAACAGGAGAGAAAGUGGUCAUGUUAUGGGGAGGGUUCCUCAAGCUACAUGCAGAUGCUCAAGAAGAUUCCUGGGAAAAGAGUAUCUGUUUUUUACAGCAUCAUCUCUACCCCAGGCAAGACUCAGUCUCUCAGGGCAAGCUGUGAUGUCACACCCAAGGCCCUUCAGAACUAGUAUGAUCAUGUAUGGAAGCUAAAUCUUAAUAGCGUUAAUAAGUUGAGCCUGGUGAUAAAAAAUAUUUUGGGUUUGGCACAAUGUUCAAAUUAAUUUGCAGUGUGAUAUAAAGGCUACAAAAAAGCUUAAUGUUUAUUUGAAUGUGGGUUUGAAUGUGAUAAUAAUUUUACAUACUACAGUUCUUUGUAGUAGAGGUUUCUGGUGGAAAUCACAGCAUAGGAUACAAAAUCAAUGCUUGUUCUUAAAGGGGCAGUAGCAUAGAAGUAUAGAAUUGUUUACUUGGCAGUUAUUCUUCUGCUCUUUCAUGUGAAUGUUAUCUCUUAAAUAUUAUUCUCUUCAAUAAAUGUUAUUAC